CACAUAGUCAGACAUCAGUUCAGCCGCGGCCAGCCAAUCAAAGCGCGGCCUUCCCAAACAGCACAGGGGCUGCCGGUGACGGGCCACGCCCACUUGCUAUAUCGGCCCCGCCUAUGAAAUCUAUGUUCCCUCCCCCCAGAGGGCGCCGCUGUGGUUACCCCUUUCCCGGGUGUGCCCCCUUAUUGUCCGCUCUUGUAUUCACACUGUCUGCACGGUCCGGGCUCCUCCAUUGGCGCAAUAGUGAGGAGUCAGGGCCUGAAAGGGGGCGGAGACUGGGUGACAACUGAUUAUCACUAAACCGCGCCCAUUGUCGUCUGCCUGCAAAACCUGAGUGAGUGCAAGAAGUGCGUCUACUCAUCUGAGGAACCGGGAGCUCACUCCAUCACCGCAACAUCAGGCGACCAUGCUGGUGAGUCUGUGGCAGGCAGGGGGCGCCCUGCUAGAGGAGGCCGUGGGGGGCAGUUUGGCCUCGAAGGUGCUUCUGCCUUGCGCCUUCCUCCUUCUUAUUGCCUAUCUGUCCAAACUGGCCUUCAAGCAUCUGAACACCGUAGAGCCUGACAAUGUGAAAUAUCCUCCCUAUAUUUCAUCGUCCAUUCCUUUCCUGGGUCACGCCAUAUCUUUUGGGAAAAGUCCAAUUGAGUUUCUAGAAAAAGCCUAUGAAAAGUACGGCCCCGUCUUCAGCUUUACCAUGGUUGGCAAAACCUUCACCUACUUGGUUGGCAGCGAUGCCGCCGCGUUGCUCUUCAACAGCAAGAAUGAGGACCUGAAUGCGGAAGACGUGUACUCCCGCCUCACCACCCCCGUAUUCGGGAAGGGAGUUGCCUAUGACGUCCCCAACCCGAUCUUUUUGGAACAGAAGAAAAUGUUUAAGACCGGUCUGAACAUCGCGCACUUCAAACAAUAUGUGAGGCUGAUCGAGGAGGAGACCGUGGAUUACCUGAAGCGCUGGGGAGACAGUGGAGUUGGAAACCUGUUUGAGGCGCUGUCAGAACUGAUCAUCCUGACCGCCAGCCGCUGCCUGCAUGGGAAGGAGAUCCGCAGCCUGUUAGAUGAGAGAGUGGCGCAGCUCUACGCUGACCUGGACGGAGGCUUCACACAUGAGGCCUGGCUUCUCCCAGGAUGGCUGCCACUACCAAGCUUCAGGCGCAGAGAUCGAGCGCACCUAGAGAUCAAGAACAUCUUCUACCAGGUGAUUCAGAAACGCCGACAGUCCCAGGACAGGGAAGACGACAUGCUGCAAACCCUCAUCGAUGCCACCUACAAGGACGGCACCCCCCUAUCUGAUGACGAGAUUGCCGGGAUGCUGAUAGGCCUCUUACUGGCCGGACAGCACACGUCCUCCACCACCAGCGCCUGGAUGGGCUUCUUCUUGGCCAAACAAAAAUCUAUCCAAGAUCAAUGUUACGCAGAGCAGAAAGCAGUAUGCGGGGAGGACUUCCCACCCCUGAACUAUGACCAGCUUAAAGACCUACAAGUCCUGGAUCGCUGCAUUAAGGAGACCCUGAGGCUGAGGCCCCCGAUCAUGACGAUGAUGAGGAUGGCCAGGACCCCACAGACUGUGGCAGGAUACCAUAUCCCUCCAGGACAUCAGGUGUGCGUGUCUCCUACCGUCAACCAUCGGCUGAAGGAUACCUGGGUGCAGAACACAGACUUCAACCCUGAUCGCUACCUCCACGAAAAUCCUGCAGCCGGGGAGAAGUUCGCUUAUGUUCCUUUCGGAGCAGGCCGCCAUCGAUGCAUCGGCGAGAAUUUCGCUUACGUUCAGAUUAAAACCAUCUGGUCCACCAUGCUCCGCCUGUUCGAGUUUGACCUGGUGGACGGCUACUUCCCCACAAUCAAUUACAGCACGAUGAUCCAUACACCCAACAACCCCAUCAUCAGAUAUAAGAGGAGGAAGGUGUGAAGAGGCGCCGCUGAUCUGCACCAUUGUACAUUGGGGGGGGACGGGGAAUUACUACUGUACAUGUUCUGUAAUUUAUAAAAUGAAUGUGAAAUAUUAGUGUGUAAAUCGGGAGGAAGGUUUUUUUUUGUUUUUUUUCUUUAUUUUUGUAUGUCUAGACCGCUUGUAAAUAAGCUGCAAUAAAUAACAUGUAAUUA